AUGUCGAAUGAAUUUGGUUCAAAAGUAUUCCCCUUGGUAAAUAUGGAUUAUUUGGGCCUUUCUCAGUACGAGAUUGAGAUCAAACGACUUUUCUCACUUGAUCGAGCUUCAUUGAUUAAUCAUCCUCUUGGUGGUUUCCAUGUUGGAGCUGAUAUCACCGCAAACGUGAUUACGCUAAAUGUGACCAAUCAUCGAUUAGGACGACAAUCAUUGAAGGAAACUGAAUCGUUGAAGGAGAACGAUGAUCCGAUUGGCCUUAAAUUUAAUCCGAAAAAGGUCCGUUUCGAUCUCGAAGUUAAAAAAAUAUUUUAUGAUACCAAAGACGAGCAAAGUUAG